GGCAACAAUGAUGUGUGUUCGUUACCUCAUCCUGGCUGUAAGCUGCGGUCUGCUACCACCCUCAGUAAACACAUAUUCUUCCUUAAACUACAAGUUCCAGGUAGACACGUCACUGUCUGUCUUCACUAACUGCUUGCCCAGGGUGAUGCAAAUGGGCAACGGGACACAAUCGUCACCUAUAAUGUACUGCAUCAUCUUGUGUUCCGCAGAUCCCAGUUGUAACUUUGUUACGUACGACGGAGCGUCCUGUCUGCUACACACAGUGGUGCUAGCCAGCGGUUACAAUGUUAACACCAGUGGUCCCUCUGUGUACCCAGCUUACAGAUCAUCAGGCCAGUCUAUCCCACCAGUCAACAUCGCGACCACAGCCACAGUCACAGCCACAACAGACUACCCUGGCUUCCCGACCUUCGCAUCAGCGCUGGUUCAAGGAAACAUUUGGUGCUGGCAGCAAGUAAGUGACUGUUCCUGCACUCUGAACAAGGCUAACCAGGUAGUGACUAUCAACCUGGGCUCACCUCAGUACAUGAGUCAAAUUCUGGUCUAUCGCACCGUCAGCAGCUACUCUAGCCUCUCCACCUCUAUAUCGAUUUACGUGGGAAACACUGGUAGUCGUCUCACUGAUCCACUUCUCUACCAAGAAAACAGACCUUACACCUCAGUGGAGACUACACGUGUUUAUACAGUGGGCAAGACAGCUCAGUACAUCACGUUUUACAGGAACGAUGGCAGUAACCUGUGUUUGUGCAGGGUACUUAUUUAUGACUAGUGCUGCCUGGAACACCUGUCUGUGUAGGGUGAUACUCUCAACACCUGUGUUUGUGGAAAGUGCUGCCUGCAACACCUGUGUCUGUGUAGGUUGCUACUCUCAACACCUGUGUUUGUGGAAAGUGCUGCCUGGAACACCUGUCUGUGUAGGUUGCUACUCUCAACACCUGUGUCUGUGUAGGGUGCUACUCUCAACACAUGUGUCUGAGGGUGCUUAUUUACCAGUGCAGCCUUCAACACCUGUGUCUGUGGAAGGUGCUACCUUCAACACCUGUGUCUGUGGAAGGUUCUACUUUCAACAUCUGUGGAAGGUGUUCAUGUAACAGGUGUUGAGUGUUCUUCUCAACACCUGCGAAAAUGACUAGAAUACCGAAUUUUUACAUUGAAAAAACUGAAGGGAAUUGUCGCUACAGUUUCUUGGAUCAAGAGCCUCUCACAGGGCUCUUAAUGACCCUCCAUGAAGAGUUAUUAAGAGUAGUGUGGGAGGACAUAAUAACCAGGAACCAGCCUACUAUACUUGAAGUGUACCUGGAGUAUACCUGGAGGUGGUUUCGGGGGUCAACGCCCCCCGCGGCCCGGUCCAUGACCAGGUUCGCUGCUGACCAGAACCUCAUCAACCAGACUGUCAUUGCUAGCUGCACGUAAACCGAUGUAGGAACCACAGCCUAACUGAACAGACACCUGGCCAUGUGUCUGUUCAGGUACACUAAAUAAUUCCUAAAAAUUGUAAUUUUCUCUCUCUCCCAUGUGAAUCUAAGCAACUGAGUCCUGUCUCCCAUGCAAUACGCACCUCGACAGAUGUUAAUGCAGCACUGUUUCUCCCACGCAGUGGGCCCCACAUUUCGGGCGAAACGUUGGCAGUGGAAGCGACGAGACUCACGCUGUUUGCAGAUUACACGGUGGCGAUGCAUGUUUUUUUCCAUUAGUGAGGAAAGCACUAAAGCAGUAUGGGGCUAUGCAGCACUUUCUUGAAUCAAGACCCUCAUUUCCGGCAUCAAGACACCUUCCUUUGAGGAGACAAUGUCCCUGAAGGAACAAGUUCCAGAUGUU